ACGCUGUAAAUAUCCGCUACGAUUCUAAAUAUCCGUCACCUUGACCACUGGUUAGUUUAAAUAAAAAUAUCACACAGUCGCUUUAAUCUUCAACGAGAGUCAACACAUACAAUGAAGACUGUUUUUUCAUUUUUAUUAUUGGUGAUCAUAUCCCAUGACUCCAAAUGUGCCAAAAUUCUGGGGGUGUUUCCAGUGCCGGCUCGCAGUCACUACAUCUUAGGCAAUUCGUUAAUGAAAGGUUUGGCGGAAGGUGGUCACGAAGUAACAAUAAUCGCGCCUUUCGUGGACAAGAAUCUCCCCAAAAACGGUUCCUACAAACAAAUAGAACUGACAGAAGUAGCAGAAGAACAUGAAAGGCGUCGUAAAGAAAUGAAAAUGUUUGACAUGGAUGAUAUGAACCCCAUUGUCUUCAUCACUUUUGUCCUUGAUUGGAUCACUGCAUUCACAGAAUACACGCUCAAAAGUAGCAAAGUCCAAAAGUUCCUCAAAUCUGGCGAAAAGUUCGAUGUAGUGAUAAUAGAACAGUUUAUGAACGACGCCCAUAAAGGUUUCGCUACACAUUUCGACGCUCCUAUGAUUCUGUUAAGUACCAUCGGGGCCAAUAUUUGGGUCAACAUGUUAGUGGCUAACCCAGCACCCACUUCUUACGUACCAGACGCUUUGCUUAGUUUCUCUAGCCAGAUGACGUUCAGUGAAAGAUUGACCAACACUGCCUACAACGUGUUCAGUUACCUUUUAUUCCAUUUGUAUGGGUUUCCGAAACAAGCAAAAAUAUAUGAUCAGUAUUUUCCGAAUGGUGUACCCUUUUAUGGUGCUCUGUACAACGCGUCUAUAGUUUUGCUCAACUCCCACUUUAGUACGAGUCACCCUGUACCAUAUGUACCCAACAUGAUUGACAUUGGCGGUUUUCACAUACAACCAAGCAAGAAACUACCACAAGACUUGCAAAAGUUUCUAGAUGGUUCCAAAGAAGGCGUCAUUUAUUUCAGUUUGGGUUCAAAUUUUCGAAGCUCGGAACUACCACCCAAAAAACUUGAAGCCUUUUUGAACACUUUUGCUAAAACGAAGAUGAAGAUUUUGUGGAAGUGGGAAGAGGAUGUUCUUCCUGGUCAACCGAAGAACGUGAAGUUGGGGAAGUGGUUGCCACAACAAGACAUUCUAGCACACCCAAAUGUCAAAGUUUUCGUCACCCAUGGUGGUUUGUUGAGUACCACGGAAACCAUCUACCAUGGAGUACCAGUUCUGGCUGUACCUAUAGCAGCCGACCAGAGACUGAACGCACGACGCAUAGUUAAAGACGGUUUUGGACUCUGUGUCGACUAUAAAGAAAUUUCCGAAGAAGCGUUAACACAGAAGUUACGAGAACUUUUGAACAAUCCUAGGUACGCCAGAAACGCCAAAAAACGGUCAAAACUUUUCCACGAUCGACUCGUAGGACCUAUGGAAACCGCGGUUUACUGGGUGGAGUACGUAAUUCGUCACGGAGGUGCCUCUCAUUUAAAAGUAGCCGGGGUUGACUUACCGUGGUAUAAAUACAUGCUGCUAGACGUCGGAGUGUGUAUUUUAACAACACUGGCAUUUAGUUUGUAUGUACUUUAUAAAAUUACAAAAACAAUAUUUUCGUUGUGUUCGAAAUCAAAAGUUCAGAAGAUGAAACACUCGUGAUCUGUCAAACAUUUUUUUGUUAUCAUAAUUCGAAUAAAUGUAUUACUUGUUCAGAUAA